AAAAGAAUUGCAUUAAAUUUAUAGUUUAACUUAAAGAGACGAACACCAUCAAUGUUGUCUUCUUAUGCAAUGAGACAGUUUGACUUGUGUAUCAGGUUCCAUCAAAGAAACACAAGUACUUUGUGUGUUAAAGAUUAAGGGAUUUAUUACAGAGGUUAAACCUUAUGGAACUAAGGAGCUGGUGGGGACUCUGUGCUGGCUGUUGCCUGAAUCUCUUGUUGAGCCUAAAGUUGCUGCAGAUCAGCGGGACUGGCAGUCAGGCAGGGAUGCUGGAUAUGGAUGAGAGCAAGGACAAACUGAAACCUUUGGGGACAAAAUGGAACCUGCAUUUGUCUCUCGCCAACUCCAGUUUUGAUGCUAUGGGUGACCUGCAGAAGUGGCUGACAGUCGUGACUUUGAAACUGCACAUGCAGACCUAGAAUUUGAAGAAGUUGAAAGAAAGUCUGAUGAGCGCUGAAGGAGAAGCAAAUCCAGCUAUUCCCUGUGCUAACAAGGGUAUUGGGAACGUAAACAAGAAUCAACUAUUUAUUCCUGAUGGCUUCUGGUAUUUACUGAGAUAUGGCAUCCGAGACGGAGAAGACCCAUGCUUUACUCCAGUCUUGUAGCACUGAAUCCCUUAUUUCCAGCUUUGGUCUGGGGAUAUUUUGCCUCGUAGCUGAUAGACUUCUUCAGUUUUCCCCAGUUCAGCAGAAUGACUGGCUUCGUGCCUUCUCAGAUAAUGCCAUACAUUGUGUGAUUGGCAUGUGGUCUUGGGCAAUAGUCACUGGAAUCAAGAAGAAGACUGACUUGGGAGAAAUCAUUUUAGCUGGAUUUUUAGCCUCUGUUAUUGAUGUAGACCACUUUUUUCUAGCUGGAUCUCUAUCUCUGAAGGCUGCUUUGACUCUUCCACGAAGACCUUUCCUUCACUGUUCUACUGUGAUACCCAUCGUGGUUCUGAGCCUGAAGUUCACUAUGUACCUUUUCAAGCUCAAAGACUCUUGGUGCUUUCUUCCCUGGAUGUUGUUUAUAUCCUGGACCUCACACCAUAUCCGAGAUGGGAUUCGUCAUGGCUUAUGGAUAUGCCCAUUUGGAAAAACUUCUCCUCUGCCUUUCUGGCUUUAUGUAAUAAUCACAUCAUCUUUACCUCACAUGUGUUCAUUUGUGAUGUAUUUAACAGGGACCAGACAAAUGAUGUCUUCAAAACAUGGAAUUCGUAUUGAUGUCUGAUGUAACCAUACAGGAGUCUUAGAGAUGCAAAUGGUUUAGAUGAUAAUAAUUUAGGAUAGCCAACAUUAAAACAUAGGUAGGUAUUUAUAUUGUUUAAUUGUUAUAAUUCCUGAAUUCUCUUCAGGAGGCAUGUCCAAGUUUUUAAAAAUUGUAUUUGUUGGGGCAGCGCCUGUGGC